CGGAACGUCGUGGUAUUUAGCUGAACUUUAAAUGGCGCCGAUCAUAAAAGAAUUUGCAGAGUGAAAAAGUGGACUUGCAUUUGCAAACUAUACAACGUUACGUACAGAUUGAAUAGAUGUACUGAUAUCACUGGAAAUAUAACAAUGACUACUUACCACAAAAUCUACAUGAAUCAUGUGCAGUCUAGUAAUCUCCAGUCCCAGCUUUGUGCUAUGUGGAAAAAACAGGCGCUGUGUGACGCUGUCAUCCGAUCAGACAACAGUUUAAUCAGGGCACAUCGAGUGGUUUUAGUGGCUUCUUGUCCAAUGUUGCAGUCUAUGGAGAACUCCACAUCAGGUUCACAGUUAGAAAUCCGGGUCCCAUCUGACAUCCAAAGAGAAUCCAUCAUGACAUUUCUACAGUAUCUUUAUGAGGGUUUCCUAAUGCUAACAGAGGUAAACUGCAGGCAGGUUGAGAAAUUAGCCCGAAUGUUACACAUGGACAAUGUCAUCAGCUGCUGUGCAGACUUUAAUAAGUGUAUGUCAUCAUCAAGUCCCUAUAUAUAUGGACCCACAGAUCAGGCUGAUUUUAAGCAUGUCCGAAUCACAAAUUUAAUGAAAGUGAAGGAUUUUUCACAGAAACGUUCCCAGUCCUUGGAAAAUUCAGGCAAUGUUCAUUCCAAGAAACAGCGACUGUCAUCGUUUGGAACCACUGAAUCCUUUGAUCACGCCAGUAGUGACAGCUGUACAGAUCAGCCAGAGACAUGGCUUGAGGAUACUCAGUUACAAAAUGACAGUAGAAGAGAGGGAAUUGAGCUAUUCCAAGCCCCGCUUAUAGGGAAACCUGGGCCCAGGUUUAUCUCCCCACAAACUGUUUCUCUAUCUCUCACCACACAGUCUAACACCUCCACAGAUAAGAGAGUGAUCGACAUUACCAAACCCCAAAAGAAAAUCUCCCCCUCUUUUAAGUCAUCUACUUCAACGAGUGAAACCGGUCUUGUUGACCUGUCCAAUGUUUCUUCCUUCUCCAUGCCUAGUAUUUCAGAGCUACGUUCUUUUCAGACUGGGGAUGUGGAUUCUAAUCCUGAUGAAGCAGUAGAAACAUUACCAAAUGAACCUUUUCCGGUAGCUAUAAUGGAAGUGCCUCAGUCCACAGACUCUGUGUCACAUGGUGCUUCUGAUUCUAGUACCACAUGUGCUACCAGUAGAGGGAGAAAUAAUGAGCCAUCCUCAGGUCAAAGUUCAUCUAUGCAAAAGAUGACAUUACAACAACAGACAGAUUCUCAUAGGAAAUCUAAAGAAAAACAAAAAAGUCUAGAUGUCAGUGCUACAAGUUCUGUCAGGAGUCCUGGAGAUGACAUCAGCAUAAUUAAAGUGGAGCCUGAAGACGUGUCUUUCCCAGACCAGCAAUACACAAAUCCCGGGGCUCCUGAGUAUCCCAAGUGGAAUGAAGGGCAGAUAAAUCCAGCAGGUUGGUCACAGAGUGGCAUUUCUGUAUCUACAGAGGAGAGCCUACCACCAGGAGAAAUGUCCCCCAGACAGAUGAACGUAACAGAUGAGGGCUGCAGAAGGAAUUCUGGGGCUAUUUCAGAGAAUGGGAGCAGUGGAGAGAUAUCUUCUCAGGAUCUCGACAGUCUGAGACAGCGCCAUCUUGGCACUUCAGACAUUUUAUUCAGCCCUCCUCCUCCUUUGCCCGCCGGAUUUGGCCAUAGAGAGUUUGCUUUUCAUCCAUCCAUGUUUACAGAUCCAUUGACAAUGAAUUUGAAAGACGUCUCUACGGAAAUCAUAACCUGUUUAAUAUGCCAUAAAGUUUUUAGCACCAAAAGUGGACAGAAAUUGCACAUGGAUAGAUUUCAUCCUGAUCCCAGGAAAAGCAAUUUUCAGAAGUUCCCUAAGUGCAAGAUAUGUGGCAAACAGAUGGCAAGCAAGUAUGCUCUGACAAUACAUGAAAUUAAGCAUACAGGACAGAGGGCCUUUAAGUGUGAGCUCUGUGGCAGCACGUUCGGUUACAAGAGUGUUCUCAAAAAGCAUAUGGAAGUGUGUUCUCAAAAAUGAACUCAAAAAAUUUGUAUGAGACGGGAACUGUGAAAAUGUCUACCAAUCUCAAAAUGCAUGCACUGUAAUGUUCAAUGUUGUUGACAACUUUGACAGGUUUAAUCUAUAGUAGACUAGAUAUAUACUAUGAAUUAGGAUUGUUCAGAUUUUAUUUGGAUAUCUCAGAGAUGUUUAAGUCCUGGUUUGAGUGGUUUAUUUGCUAUCUGUAAAACAGUUGCAAUAUUAUUACUUAUUUAAUUGCCAGUGUCAUUUUCAUGGAUACUUGAAAAUGUCGAUUUUUGAUAAAAUUGCAUUCGUUACUGGUAUGUGGGUGUUGUAUGAAUGUACGUAUAUGUACGUAUAUGAGUUUUGAUUUAUUGUGAAAACUUAGUGCAUGUUCCUCUCGCUGUACAAACCAUCCUAAAUAACAAAUACUACCUCAUAAAUUUUAUGUCAGUAGAAUAAAAGGAUGCUCCAAUCCAUUCAAGCUGUGGUUUAAAACAGUGAUCCUGGGAUUCUGAGCUUUCUGAUAAAAGUUUGUCCAUUUUCCCACCAUUCUUGUUGUAAACUGUUAACUUUUCACAUUUUCAUCUUCUUUUCAAGAACCACUGGGCCAAUUUCAAACAAACUUGGCACAUAGCAUCCUUUAGAGAAGGGCAUUAAAGUUUGUGUAAAUGAAAGGGACCAUACUUCCUUCCAAAGAGUGUUUUAAAACCUGCAGGUCAAGAAAGCCAUGGCUUGCUUAUAAGCUUCCAUAUAUAAUGAAGGUUCAAAUUGGCUCACAUCAUGUACCCCAGAAUGAGGUCAGGGGACCACAAUUAUGGGGGUGAGGGGUGGGGUGGGGGUGGGAGCAGAUGGGAAUUUUUUUUAAAAUCUUUUAUUUGUAGUCAAUCAUUGAUAUACAAGCAUAUACAUUGAAGGUUGAAGGUUACACACACUAUGACCAUUCAGGUCUUGUUGGGGCUACAAAAGGAGUUAUGAAAUUUUACAUAUGAGUUAUAAGAAAAUUCUUUAUAAAAUUUCUCAAUAAAUACAGAGGUACAGUUGAUCAAAAUAAUAUUCAAGCAUUGUUAUGUAGUUUACAUUCAUGUUUGUUCAUACAUGUUGGGGGCCACGAUAGGGGGAGGGGUGUUCAACAUUUUACCUAGAAAUAUAUUGGGAAAUCCAUUGAAAAUCAUCUCAACAAGAACCACAAAGACAUAAUAAGUCAAACUGAUAUGCAGGAGACUAUAACAUAUAUUUGUUUACACUGUGCUCUGCCUGGCUAGGACAUUGAUAUUCAACGAUUGGGGCACGACUGAAAUUUAAUGUUUUAUGUUGGAAAUGCAGGUAUUCAGGUGAGCAAUGUGACCCAUGGAUAAACCCUUCUGUGGAUCAGUUAUGUUUUUUCUAUUGAUUCUGUUUUCAAAUCCUUGUUAGAGAUUCUGUAUAUUCUAUAUGUUUUUGAUGUCCCCUAUUGUGUUAUAUUAAAAAUGAAAUAAAGUGCAGGUCUUUGUACAAUUUAUUAGACACUGCAAUGUGUUUACCCAAGGUAACGGAGAUACAUGUAGUUUAUUUAAAAUACUCUUUUAUGCUUCUAGUAAGUUUAUUUGAAAUGCUCUUUUAUGCUUCUAGUAAGUUUAUUUGAAAUGCUCUUUUAUGCUUCUAGUAAAAUUGUUGCCGUCCACAUGUAAUACUUUGAACCUAAGAUUAGGGAUGUUGAUAGUGGUUUAUGAUAACAAUAUCUUCAAGUCUUGUAUAUCCAACAUGAAAAGGCCAAAAUUUGAAUAUUGUUUUUGGCUCGUGAAUCACCAAUUUGACCUUUUGUGACUCAGGAUAGGUAGGUAGGUAUGAAUGAUGUGGUUUUAUGCAGAUUUCAUAUUGAUAGAUGCGUUAUUGAAAAGGAAAACUUCUAGUGAACUUUUUCGAAAAAAGAAACACCAACAGUUUCCAUACUUUGAGAUAAAGAGAAGAAAUCUUAUGAGAAAUUAUUGUUUUUUUCUAAUUAAGUGGGGGACUUGAUACAAAAUUUUGAUAUAGACCAUUAAGGUAAUGUUACUGUUUUUUAUGUGGGCAGGUGGAAACCUUGUAACAUGGACACAAAAUGUAAAUGUAGUAAUCGUGUACUAGUAGUUUUAUAACCUAAUCAACCAUUUUGUAAAUCAAAAGAGGAAACGUUGAAAGAAGUAAUUGUAGAUGUACUUUUCAGAGGCAGCUAGCAGGCCCCGACUACUGCCAGGAGCCCUCCCAGACAGUGUAAAUCAUACAGCCGUCGCCAAAUACAUCGACAGUCGAGGCAUGGUACAUAGACUGGUCUCCAGCGCUCCCCGCAGAUGUCUUCGGUGUGCUCACUGUAAAGCAGAGAACAAUAAGUUUCCGUCGGGAAGUUACACCAGAAAGUCAUACUACAAGUGUUCUAUAUGUGAAGUGCCCUUGUGCAGAACAGAAGUGCUGGAUUGCUUUUUUAAAUUCCAUAGUAUUGUGGACAAAUUGUUGAAACAGUGAUCAAACUUUCAUUUUGAAAAUAAUUUUUUCUUCUUCAUUUUUUGGAAGAAAUUUGUAUAUUGUAGACUUGUAUUCAAUUUUUUGUGUGGAUAGUUUAAAAUCAAGUCGAAGAAAUGACCAUACAUUGAUUGCUUAAAUCUUCAUGACACACUGCUACAUACAUUGUAGUAGUCAAAUCAAUUUCAGUCAACUGAUUGAGUCAUUUGAGCUGUGAAUUGUUGGCUGUUAUGAUAAGAAUAAACAAUGUGAUUCCACGGUGAAUUUAUAUUUCUCCUUGUGGGUGAAUAUGCUGGUCAGUCAAAGAUAAUUGACCAAUUGAUUUGAAUUUACAACUUUGUGAAGUUUUGUAAAGUUUGACACUUUGCAUGAAUAAUAUUAUUAAACUGAACAUACAGCA